AUGGUUUGUGUUCCUUGUUUCGUCAUUCCUGUUUUACUGUUUUUGUGGCAUAAAUUCAUUCAACCAUACGUCCUUCGCUUCUGGAACCCAUGGGCUGUUAAGGAUGCUGAUGGAAACGUUAAGACUGAAUUUCCAUUUAAAUGCGAAGGUGGUGUUUGCGCCUACCAAAGAAAAACCAACAAAACUGCUGAUAGUGCAGACCAAGAACCAGCAACCGGACCUAGUGAUAAACUACCAGAUAAAAGAUUAAAAUCAGAAUAA